AUGCACGUCAUUAAACGAGAUGGUCGUGAGGAGGAAGUCACCUUUGAUAAAAUCACCUCUCGUAUUCAGAAGCUUUGCUAUGGACUCAACUCGGACUUUGUGGACCCUACCCAGAUUACCAUGAAGGUGAUCCAGGGUCUUUAUAACAGAGUCACCACCGUGGAGCUGGACACCCUGGCAGCAGAGACCGCUGCCACCCUCACCACCAACCACCCUGACUACGCAAUCCUGGCCGCACGAAUAGCUGUGUCAAACCUGCACAAGGAGACCAAGAAAGUGUUCAGUGAUGUGAUGGAAGACCUGUACAACUAUGUCAACCCAUUAAAUAGACUUCAUUCUCCCAUGAUCUCCAAGGAGACGCUCGACAUUGUGCUUGACAACAAGAAUUGCCUCAACUCAGCCAUCAUUUUCGACAGAGACUUCUCUUACAAUUUCUUUGGAUUUAAGACUCUUGAGAGGUCGUAUUUGUUGAAGAUCAAUGGCAAAGUUGCUGAGAGACCCCAGCACAUGCUGAUGAGAGUGGCCGUCGGGAUUCACAAAAGAGACAUCGAUGCAGCCAUUGAGACGUACAACUUGCUGUCGGAAAAGUGGUUCACCCACGCCUCACCUACACUGUUCAAUGCCGGCACCAACAGACCACAAAUGUCCAGUUGUUUCCUGCUAUCCAUGAAGGACGACAGCAUCGAUGGUAUUUACGACACCCUGAGGCAGUGCGCCCUCAUCUCCAAAUCAGCUGGUGGCAUUGGAUUGGCCAUCAGCUGUAUCCGAGCAACAGGCAGCUACAUUGCUGGGACAAAUGGCAACUCCAACGGGCUGGUUCCCAUGCUUCGAGUGUACAACAACACGGCACGUUAUGUCGACCAGGGUGGCAACAAGAGACCCGGGGCCUUCGCCGUGUACCUGGAGCCGUGGCAUUCGGACGUGUUUGAGUUCUUAGAGUUGAAGAAGAACACAGGUAAAGAGGAGCAGAGGGCCAGAGACCUGUUUUUUGCCCUUUGGAUCCCAGACCUCUUCAUGAAACGAGUGGAGAGCAAUCAGGACUGGUCUCUGAUGUGCCCCAGUGACUGUCCAGGGUUGGAGGAGUGCUGGGGAGAGAAGUUCGAGGAGCUGUACACAAGAUACGAGAAGGAGGGCAGGGCUAAUCGUGUGGUGAAGGCUCAGCAGCUGUGGCACGCCAUCAUCGAGUCACAGACAGAAACGGGCACGCCGUACAUGCUCUACAAGGACGCCUGCAACGGGAAGAGCAACCAGCAGAAUCUGGGAACCAUCAAAUCCAGCAACCUGUGCACAGAGAUAGUGGAGUACACCAGCAAAGAUGAGGUUGCCGUGUGUAACCUGGCUUCCAUUGCACUCAACAUGUUCGUCACGCCAGAGAAAACCUUUGACUUUAAAAGGCUUGCUUCCGUCACCAAAGUCAUUGUUAAAAACCUGAACAAGAUUAUUGAGAUCAACUACUACCCAGUGCCGGAGGCUGAAAGAUCCAACAGGCGUCACAGGCCGAUUGGAAUCGGUGUGCAGGGUCUGGCUGAUGCCUUCAUCCUUAUGCGUUAUCCGUUUGAAAGCCCGGAGGCCCAGCUACUCAACAUUCAGAUCUUCGAGACCAUCUACUACGCAGCCCUGGAAGCCAGCUGUGAGCUCGCAGAGGAGUUUGGCGCUUAUGAAACCUACGCCGGCUCUCCUGUCAGUAAAGGAAUUCUUCAGUACGACAUGUGGGAUAAAGUCCCAACAGAUUUAUUGGACUGGAAGGCAUUAAAGGAGAAAAUUGCGAAACACGGCGUAAGGAACAGUCUGCUCUUGGCCCCCAUGCCCACAGCUUCCACUGCCCAGAUCCUAGGCAACAAUGAGUCCAUUGAGCCGUACACCAGCAACAUCUACACCCGCAGGGUGCUCUCUGGAGAGUUUCAGAUUGUGAAUCCUCACCUGCUGAAGGACCUCACAGAAAAAGGUCUGUGGAGUGAUGAGAUGAAGAACCAGCUGAUUGCUCAGAACGGCUCCAUCCAGGAAAUUCAAGAGAUCCCUGAUGAUCUGAAGCAGCUCUAUAAAACAGUAUGGGAAGUCUCCCAAAAAACCAUCCUCAAGAUGGCAGCAGACCGCGGUGCCUACAUCGACCAGAGCCAGUCGCUUAACAUCCACAUCGCUGAACCAAACUAUGGCAAACUGACCAGCAUGCACUUUUACGGUUGGAAGUUGGGCCUGAAAACCGGCAUGUAUUACCUGCGGACGAAGCCCGCUGCCAACCCCAUUCAGUUCACCCUGAACAAGGAGAAAUUAAAGGCGGCUCAAUCAGCGGAGGGGGAGGCGGAGGACAAGGAGCGCAACAUCGCUGCUAUGGUGUGUUCCUUAGCAAACAGAGAUGAUUGUCUGAUGUGCGGCUCCUGAGGGAAGGCCUCAAUCAUCCAGGCCCACUCCCUCUUGAAGCUCACAUUUAAAUAAAUUUUUUUAUUUUUGUAUUUGUAUAUGAUGCCAUUACAACAAGUGUUUAACACAUGCCACUGUCUUCUCAUCAAACAUCUUUACAGUCUUUAUUUAAUGCGUGUUGGUUUUUCAUAAUAAGGCGAAUGUUGUAUGUACAGAAUCAACAGGGUGCAGUGAAGUGAUGAACUUGUAACUCUUGUUUUUUAUAUCGUUUUUUAAUA